GUUAGAGCAAUAAACACAAAACACACACAUACUAAGACAGAUGUACACUAAGAGGUUCUGCUUUUAAGAAAUUUGGAACCCUACAGUUUUGACUAAAACAGAACCCUAAUUUGCAGUGAUUUCUUGCAAUGGAUGUUCAAUCCGCAGCAUUUCCAGGUAAAAUUCAAGCAUCGAGACCAAAAACCACCCGAAAAAUCACUGAAGCACCAAAAACCAAUGCCAAGGAACCACCCAUUCACGGGCAAAGGCGGGUUUUUGGUACCGCUCGGAACCCAAAUGUACCAGCAAAGACGACAGAAAAGCCUAUAAUCAAACCCCCAACUGGGGUGUCUCAAAAACAACCCAAAUCGGUGCAGACAACUCCCUCAUCAACCGAUGUCGUGGCGGUUCCUGCAAAGGAGACCACCCAGAAAUCUCCUGACAAAAUUAAAACAAGACCCAAGAAGAAAAGUGUGUGUUUUAUAGAUAAAGUAAACGAGAAAACUGAAAGGAACACACAGGAUGGAGAUACCGUUGCACCUCGGACUCCGGUCAGAUCUCCUGCUUUGGUCAAGCCCAGAAUCUCGGGGACGCCGUAUCUGAGUGCAAAGAGAUGCAGCAAUUGCCGAUUUGAUCGGCUGGAGACUUCUACUUAUUGGCUGAGUCAGAUCAGAUUGGCCGAGUCUGUGGGAAAGCAUUUCAUCUCAGCCGCCUUCUUUCAAUUGGCAUUUGAAUCAAAAGCAGAGCCUAUUCGCAACCUUCGUGUUGAGCUAAAGGGUUAUUUGGCACGGCACGAGUACUUAUCUGCUGAGACAAGGUGGAUGGAUGUCUCUGUUAAAUAUGGAUUAUUGAAGGAUGCAAGCAAUGCAGCUGAGGUAGAUUCAGAUCUUGGAAAAGUCGGUGCAAGCGAGGCAACUGGGACUGGGAGCAUCGAUGAUCAAGAAAAGGAAGAAUUGAAGGAACAAACUGCUGAAGAACAUGAAACCAAAAAUGAUUGAAUUUCACUUUUUUUAUCUCUCAAAAUGUCAUGCAAAGAAGUUAUUGGUGUCAAGAUAAUAAAAAAAAAAAUUCAUUCUGGGGUGGUGUUGAAAAGUUAGAAAGAACCUUUAAUUGUGUUUGUUUGGUCGUGUUUUUGUAUUGAAUUAUGACAGUUGAGCUUUGUUUUAAAGUCAUUGGCUUUUGUAAUUGUAUUGGA